UGUAUGCAUUUGCACGGCGUGAAUGGUGUUGCGCAGACGCAUUGAGUUAAGCGGAUGUGGCGGAGCAGGCUGCUUGAUGUCCGUGCUGGUCCGUGGCCAAAGAGCAUUCUCUCCUUGCUCAAUGGUUACACCAGUGACUCCAGACUGAAAGUCAGUGACGCGCUCUUAAGAGCGGCGAGCCAGAGUGAGCAAGAGGUAGUGCGGGUCCAGGGUUGGAUACGGUCGGUACGUGCACAGAAGGACAUUACAUUUUUGCAUAUUAAUGAUGGAAGUUCACUGCAAAGUCUUCAAAUAGUGGCACAUCCAGAUUUAGAUAUCAGCAAGGUAACCUUUGGCAGCGCAAUUGAAGUUUGUGGAAAACUGGUACAGAGUCCACACAGGAAGCAGAGUACAGAACUUCUAGCAAGUAAUGUCAGAUUGAUUGGAUCAUGUAAUCCUGUGGAUUUGCCAUUCAAAAUCAAGAAAAGGCAUUCUUUAGAUUACAUAAGACAAUUUCCUCAUCUUCGUUGCAAAACAAAUGUUUUCAGUUCACUGCUGAGAAUACGAAGUGGGGCAUCUGCAGCUAUUCAUUCAUUUUUCAUGAAUAAUGGAUUUGUUCAGAUACACACACCUAUUAUAACAUCAAAUGAUUGUGAAGGAGCUGGAGAGCUGUUCCAAGUUGAACCUGCAAGCAAAACAACUGAAAAAUGUCAUCAGUCUCAUUUUUUUGGUGUUCCAUCCUUCUUAACUGUAUCCGGACAGCUGCAUUUGGAAGUAAUGACAGGGGCUUUCACACAAGUAUAUUCCUUUGGGCCAACAUUUCGAGCAGAAAAUUCCCAGACCAGAAGACAUUUAGCAGAGUUUUAUAUGGUAGAAGCUGAGCUUGCUUUCACUGAAAGCUUGAAGGACAUCAUGAAGGUGAUAGAGCAUCUCUUUAAGACUGUAACUUCUCAAAUUCUUUCCGAAUAUCCAGAAGAUGUUGAACUUUUCCACAAAGAUGUGGCUCCAGGACUAAAGGAACGAGUAGAACAGAUGCUGAAAAGUCCAUUUCAAGUGCUUUCCUAUACUGAAGCAAUUGACAUUUUGCAAAGAAGUGCAGAAAUCUUCAAAUUUGAACCCAAGUGGGGCUGUGACCUACAGACUGAGCACGAGAAUUAUUUGGUGGCACACUGUGGCAAUAUCCCUGUUUUUGUAAUUAAUUAUCCUUAUGACAUCAAGCCUUUUUACGCCCGAGAUAAUCAGGAUAACCUUCAACAUACAGUGGCAGCAGUGGAUCUUCUGGUGCCUGGAAUAGGAGAACUAUGUGGUGGUAGUUUAAGGGAGGAGCGACUUGAUCUACUGCAAACACGGCUAAAGCAGCUUGAUCUUACAGACACUUACCGAUGGUAUGAGGAAAUCCGUCAGUUUGGAUCAGUGCCGCAUGGUGGAUUUGGAUUGGGAUUUGAGCGUUAUUUACAGUGCAUCUUGGGCAUUGAGAACAUUAAAGAUGUUAUUCCUUUUCCAAGAUUUUCUCACUCUUGCCUUUUAUAGUAAUAGGAGUAAAUCAUAUCUUACACUUAAGUUUUUCAUUUAAAUAGAUUUCAGAUUUGCUAAACAGUAUUGUUUUUAUGUGUAAAGAAUUGUGUUUCUUAAAUAUUUAUGUUUUCAUUCAGUAUUGAAGAAUGUAAGUAGUCAUUGUAAUCAAAUACCAAAAUUAUAACAAAAGAUUUAAAUGAAAUUAAAGUA